UGCAGACACACACACGCACACACUGGUGCGGAAGCAGAGGAGCGCUGGGUGAUACGGUUGCUAUAAAUCUGUGUGAUCCAGUCCACCUCCUUUUUAAGACGUCCUCCCCCUUUAUUUCUGUUCGCACUUAGAGAUGCAGCAUUUUACUUCUGUAGCGAGCUACUAAAAAGAAACAAGGAGACAGAGAGAAAGAGACCGUCUUUGUAACGCGUCCUUUCAUCCCUUCUUUUCUUUGUUCCUUCCUUUAUUUCUCUCCCCUCCCCCUUUUUUGUUGAGUUGUGUUGCAAUAGGAGGCUAGCCUUCUCACAUUCCUUGUUUUAAGUUUUCCUUUCCCUUUUAAUUUUCCUGAUUUUUUUUAAGUGUUGGACUAUUGGGAGGGAAAGCAUUUUCAUUUUAUUUGCUUCUGUUUAAAACUGUCCACAGUUUAGAUUUUGUGUGUUGUCUUGCGAACUAUCCAUCUGCUUCUUACUCCUUUGUAUUGGGAGAACUUCAACGUUACUUUUUUUUUUAAGCUGAAGAGAGAAAGACGGCAACUCCAAACUAACAUGGCAGUCAGACUGUGUGAUGUGGCUUCUCUGCUUAGAAGUGGUUCGUGGGCAGCAGAGCCUUGGACUGGGCAGGUAAUUGCUGCCAUGGAAACACAACUGUCUAAUGGACCAACUUGCAAUAACACAGCCAAUGGUCCAACCACAAUAAACAACAACUGUUCAUCGCCAGUUGACUCUGGGAACACAGAGGACAGCAAGACCAAUUUAAUAGUCAACUACCUUCCUCAAAACAUGACACAAGAAGAGCUGAAGAGUCUGUUUGGAAGCAUUGGGGAGAUAGAAUCCUGCAAGCUUGUAAGAGACAAAAUAACAGGACAGAGUUUGGGUUAUGGCUUUGUGAACUACAUUGACCCCAAGGAUGCUGAAAAGGCUAUCAACACGCUGAAUGGAUUGAGGCUUCAAACCAAAACAAUAAAAGUUUCCUAUGCGCGACCAAGUUCAGCUUCUAUCAGAGAUGCAAAUUUGUACGUCAGUGGACUUCCAAAAACAAUGACCCAGAAGGAACUGGAGCAGCUCUUUUCUCAAUACGGACGCAUUAUUACUUCUCGUAUUCUAGUUGACCAAGUCACUGGGGUGUCAAGAGGUGUAGGAUUCAUCCGAUUUGACAAGCGGAUCGAAGCAGAAGAAGCUAUCAAAGGUUUGAAUGGGCAGAAGCCUCCAGGUGCCACAGAGCCAAUCACCGUAAAGUUUGCUAACAAUCCAAGCCAAAAAACCAAUCAGGCCAUCCUUUCCCAGCUGUAUCAAUCUCCAAACAGAAGGUAUCCAGGACCUCUAGCUCAGCAGGCUCAACGCUUUAGGUUGGACAAUCUGCUCAAUAUGGCUUAUGGAGUAAAGAGUAGGUUUUCACCAAUGACCAUUGAUGGAAUGACCAGUUUGGCUGGAAUUAAUAUCCCUGGACAUGCAGGAACAGGAUGGUGCAUUUUUGUGUACAAUUUGGCACCUGAUGCAGAUGAGAGCAUUCUGUGGCAAAUGUUUGGACCCUUCGGAGCAGUAACCAAUGUGAAGGUCAUCCGUGACUUUAACACAAACAAGUGCAAAGGUUUUGGAUUUGUGACUAUGACAAACUAUGAUGAGGCAGCCAUGGCAAUAGCCAGUCUGAAUGGAUAUCGUCUUGGGGACAGAGUCUUGCAGGUCUCCUUUAAAACAAACAAAACGCACAAAGCCUAAUGAGUUAUCCUCAAUCCAUUUAUAUAUGAAAACUAUACAACAAAGGCAAGUUAAGAGAAACUUUAUACAUUAGUAAAUGUCUUUGUAAGUCAGUGUUGAAAUGGAGAUAAAAUGACUACUUAGCAUCCUAAGAAUGAGAUUUUUUUAUUGCUAGUAUUUGAAUUAAAACUUCUUAAAUAUCUUUUAUGUUUGAAUAUGGACAAGAGGUACAGGGUUUUUACCUGUCACAAUGCAUUCUAUUGCCUUCUUUGAAGAAGGUGGACCUUUUAAAAUGUUUCAGCUAAGGGAAGAAGUUUCUUUUCUUUUUACAUAACUGCCUUGAACCUGUGAGUAAAUAUUGAGGCUUUGUGUUGUAAUCCCGAACUUGGUUGUUUUAUGUUGUUUUCCUAAUUAGCUUUGUGUUUAAUUUACAUUUAAUGCAUUGCUGUUUUGUCUGUUCAAGAAAAGUAUUUUGAAGUUUACAUUUUAUUUAUAAAGUUAUAAACAGUAUUUAUUUUGUAAUUAUGAUUUGGGUUGGGGAUGGGGGGUACAUUAUAAUAAAAGCUUAUUGUAAGAAUACUGGAGAACUUUUCGUAAAGCAGUACCUUGCCAAAGAGAUAAGAGCCUCUUUGAUGUGGGUUUAAAAAAAGCAUCUAUUUUUAUAAAAAAGAAAAAUUUGGAGAAACUUUUUACUGGUCCUGGAACAAAUAUUUUGACUUGAAUACUUUGAGAAAUCUCUUCAUAUGACACCUAGUGAGCUUUUAAAACUUACCAGGAAAUUUGCAAUGGUUGGGGGAAAAUUUAGAAAGAUUUAUGACGUAGAAAUACUUUUGAGACCUUUGUAUUAAGAAGUAGAAUCAAUGGGAAACACUGUUGGUUUCAUUUUUGUAAUCAUCAGUGAAAUCUCCGAUCAUCCUGGUUAUUAUGUGAUAGAUGGCUCACAUUAAUUUGUGAUUUUGAAACAAAUGAAAAUUUAAAAAAAAUAUAUGAACAGGCAAGAAAUUUAAAUUACCGAGAGAUGGGGGAAAAAAAUCUGUUCUUCCUAAAGAAUUCCCUUCAGAUAGAGCUCAUGGUGUUUAGUGAUGUACUUGCAGUAUUGUUUGAAGAAUUGUUUUGUCUUAAGAAAAGACGUUGCACAUGGUUUGCACUGCAGCAAAUCAGCAAAAGCAGUCUGAGUUGGAUAUAUUCGAAAGUAUUUUGAAAGUUACGUUCAAGGCUAACACCUGAGCUUUGUGUAAUGUAAAUAAGACCUUGCGUUUAUGAACCUUUCAGCUAAUUUUGGUUUUGGUUUAUUUUUGACUUACAUUGCCAAGUGAUGUUCAGAUUUUGAAUGUUUUCGUAUGAGUUUUUUCCUUUGUAAAUGGCAUUAACAUUGUUACUUGAGGUCUGCUUAUUCGUUUUCAUUGUCCUGAGGACUUGAAUUUACAGUGCAUCAGAUUUGUUGCUAAUUUUGUCUGUAGAUAGUCUAGCUUCAGCUGUUUAUGGUGAUGCUACAUUUUUGUUUAUAAAUAUGUUUGUGGUAAAAAUGAGUAUAACCAUAGGAUUUGAACAAAUUUCCUUACAUUUUUCAUACAAAAAUCAUAAAUACCUGUAUACUAUUAAAUUUAACUUUGUAUGAUGCUUAAGUCACUAUUUGGGGAAAUAAAAGUCUUUACCAUGUAUUGAAGAAAUUUAAGAAAAAAUACAAAAUAUUUUCUGAUUAGCAUCUAGCUUAUAAUAAAUUUUUUAAAAAGCUGAGGGCUAUAAUGCCUUCACCAGGAUGCACUGACAACUAUACGGUAUAGUUACGUCCUGCUUUUUGUAUAAACUGAGAUGCUCAUAUGCUUCCCCUUAGAACAAGCAAUGUGCUAUGCAUAACAUAGUUGUACACUAUCUUUGCAGUUGCUUUUGGUUCUUAUUCUUUUAGACUGUAGUUAUAAAUUUUCAGUAUAGUACAGUAUAUAUACUGUGAAGUGCGCGCUAAAGUGAAUAAGCGAGUUUUCAUGCUGACCCACUCAAUGCUAUUCAAAACUCAAUUGACUUCCUGAGCACUCUCUCAUUCUUAGGUGCACUUAGAUUGUUGAAGCUAAUCCUCUGCAUUAAAACUUGUAUAUACUUUAGAAAAUAAAAAGUUUCCAAUAUGGGGAAAACAGUAGCUACAUGCUUCUUUCCUAUACUACUGUAGCAAACAAAGGCAUUGAUGAGAAGGCAUGUAAAUUGGGCUUCACUUUGCAGUGUUUAUCAGAGCACUUAAUAAAAUGUAAGGCUGGUAUUUAUUUGAAGUUGUACAGUAUUACUUCACAUCUGUUGGAAUAGAAAAUAUAUUCUGUUUAGUAUUUAAGAGGCUGUACAUGUUUUCUUUUGUGUUUGGAUCCUUUGUACUUUUUCAUGUUCAGUACAUCAAUAAACAAAGU